AACUCAAUGCGAAACGAAACAUACCAAAAAGGUCAAAGCUUAAACCAACUAUGUAAACCGAAUUGUCAUCCGCGCGUAAAUAUCCUUGGCAACUAUUUGACCGAACAACUUCAAAAUCCAACGAACGGACGGUCAGGAUUGUCAGAUCAGCAUCGUCGGAGUCCUUAACGCCGGGUGGAUCAGAAAGAAAAAAAAAAAAGGAAAAGCAACCACUCCAUUUCUUGUGCUCACCAUGCUCCAUUCCCUCCUUUGACUUUGCACUUCAAUUUUAUCAGUCUCAGAUCUCGACGAUGGCUACACAAAUCUCUCAGCUUGCUUCUUUCUCAUCCACCAAUCGCCAAUUUCACUUCCAGAGCCGAUCUUUUACGUUCUCCAAGUUUCGUCCCCAGUCUUUUGUAGUUAGAAGCGUUGAUGGGAAUAGCUCAGAAACACCAGCGUCUCUUACCUAUACAUCUGAGGUUUCAAAGCCUAUUGUUGAGAAAACAUCGGCACCUUUUUCAACUGCUACCGGUAAUGACAUUAUUACAGAGCCAGUAGAGGCCACACAACCAAUUAGAGCAGCAAAGAUCCACGACUUCUGUUUUGGCAUUCCUUAUGGUGGUCUCGUUAUGAGUGGAGGGCUUCUUGGGUUUGCGUUUUCACGAAAUCUUGCAAGUUUAAGUACUGGUGUUCUCUAUGGUGGUGGCCUUAUAACCCUUAGUACAUUGAGCUUAAAGAUUUGGCGACAGGGAAAAUCUAGUUUUCCUUACAUACUAGGACAAGCAGUGCUGUCAGCUAUCGUCUUCUGGAAGAACUUCACAGCUUAUUCUAUGACUAAGAAGCUGAUUCCUUCCGGGCUGUUUGCUGUCGUCAGUGCUUGCAUGUUGUGUUUCUAUUCAUAUGUGGUACUCUCUGGAGGAAACCCACCUCCAAAGAAAUUGAAACCAUCUGCUAGUCCUUAAUAUUGAAGGUACUUCUCCUAGGUUAGAUUUUAAAAAUGGAGGUCUUCUUUCUUUUAACGACUCUGGUGUGUUGGGUUCCUGGUGUAAUUUUAUACUUAUACGAGUUGAUAUACUUUUUUGUGACCUGUUCUUACCAGUGUCAUGAAGUUUUGUUUUUCCUACUUGUGGUGUUGUUAGCCUAUGAUUGUCUAUAGGCCAUACUUUUAUGCUAAGUGUCAUAUUCUAAGUUUAGUUUUUCUUACUUCAGACAUGAUAUGAUUUACUCUUAAGCGAAUCAGGUAUACUCAAUCCAAGGCAUAAUUUAUGUUUGAUUCA